GCCACCUUUCGGUUUGGAGGUUAGAGUGACGCGAGAAAACAGCUAGCUACGGUGAACAUAUUUUUUGACCAAGUAUUUAUAGUCAAACAGCGCUGGAUUUAAUCGAAGCACGCCAGAAUAAGUAAGUUCGACCUGUUAACACUUGAGAUACACACAAGAGGUGCUUAACAAUCUUGUUAACUUCAGUGUUAUGAGGAUGUAAACUUCAGGAGAAAGCCGAUAGUAAAUGUACCUGCUUAAGCUAAGACUAGCCUAGCUCGGUUUGCUAACGUGUUUCCAACUCUAAAUGUGUGCUUUUUGUCGACUAUUCGGGUGAACACCGUGUAGUUAGAAACCAUUGCGCCAACCCAGAAGUAAUGUGCCGCUUUAGAUUUUCUUACAGUAGAUAUAAAUCCACUAUUCUAACUUUUUAUGCGUGCUCGGAUACUUAGCCAGAUGACAAAGACAUCCCAGGUUAGCGACAGCCGCAUCGGCACGUCCGUGGAAAAAACACGAGUGUCAGAUAACUCCCUUGUCAUUUAUAACGCGGAAUAACCCACAGAGAAACAGCCUAUUUAAGCAUGUGUUUGUAACCUUUGUAAUAGGUUGAUAAUGAGCAUUUUUGUUACUCCCUUGACUGUUUUUGGUGAAGUAGGUCAACCUCAGUAUUCUGGAAACAUCUAAAACCUCAUUUCGACCCUUUAAUGUCUCUUCUAGGUUUUCUCUUCAACUCCAUGGCAAUGACGGAGGCAAUGGUACCUGAGGGGUUUUGGAUACACGUAGAGUGGCUUGUCCACCAAGGACAUCAUCAAGUUCUGGAGCACAGAUAACCCCUCCAAACUAGUCAGUAUCUUCUGUUGGUACACUACAGUAUUAAAUACUCUAUCCUGAUUGAUCAGUACUCCAUAGCAGUGGUCUACAGUGGAUAGUACACCAUUAUCUCUUAUUAGCUCUAUGGCAACUAAAAUCAUAUAAUUUGAAACAAUUGUAUGACACAAAACAGGAAAUAGUGAAACUGUUCACAUAUAUUAAAGUACACACAGGGGAUGCAUAUGUUUGUAAGUGAUUUGUGAUUUUAAACUGUACAGUUAGUGCUCACAGACUCACUUUCAACCAAUUGUGCUUGAACUGGUCCCAGGUUGGCGUAAUCUCUUUUAUACCAUUUUCAACCAUCUGUCUUAAUUUAAAAAAUUGAGGAGUUAAGAUCACUUACAUCUGAAAGUUUUCGUGGUUUUGCAGGUAUGUGUCAAAUGUGUAAAAUAAUUCAUGAUCAGGCGCCAUCACCACUUAGACAAUGUAUGUCACUCAGCUAGCACAGUACUAGGGAGACCAGGGCAUCUGCAAGAGGUCACUUUUCAGAUACAUUUAAAUGAAUUGCUUUAGGCAAAUCUGCUUUUUAUUUUAGAGCAGCAGAAAGUGGAACCCAGUUCCAACUAUCGCCAAGGACUAUACAAACUUCAGUAUUUGUAAAACAAAACUAAAACACGGCUCAAAGCAAUCAUGUGAUCACUGAUUAAACCUUUACUUAUAAAUUUUGUGUUGUUUUAAGCUGUUGGGACAAGUGGUUUGGACUAUUAUUUCAGGGACCACAGAUGUAAAUCAGCUUUAUAGCUAACUCUGGCUCAGCAGUCUGGAUGUUCCCUGUCAAAUAAACUAAACCCCCCAUCAUUGGAGUCCCGCUCCCCCGUCAUGAUUCUGACUGAUUCCACUAUAACAAGCUCUCGAUAUGUUAUCCAUGACUGUCUGUAUUUACUGGUUGCUACCCACUCCAUGUAACUGCUUUGGAAUAGUGGUGUUUGCAAAAUUUCCUCUGAAGAGGAGCCAGCCUAAAUGUGCUCAUUUGGCUGGGGAUCAGACUAGGCGUCUCGUCUCCUCGCCUUUAUAGUUUCCUAACAAAGUACAAGCUGUGAUGAAUGCCAACUCCUGGCUGUUGUUGUUGUUGUGUGUGUGUAGGUGUGUGUGGUUGGGAGCGGUGGGGUUGCAAAAGGUGACAGUCGGGUAUUCCAGAGAGACAGUAGCUGGAGACAGCAGCCCCUGUAAGGUAAACAGGAUCUCCUCCUGAAGGUCACGGGAGGUGCUUCUCAAGGCCCCCACAGACAAUACUCUGGGUAUUAUUAACGGAAACAGCUAAGAAUAGAGAGGAGGGGAGCAAGGUGGCUCCUCUGGAGCUUGUGUUGUUUGGGUUAAACAAGCCAAAACGGAACAUCAUCUUUAGAAGAGGGACUCCUCAGGCUUGCAUGCUGGGUGUGUCGCACUCACUAAAGGCUAGAGGUUGGCUUGGAGGGUUUUAUCAAGCUCUGAUGUCUAACAGUGACAAAGGAGAAGCUGUGGAUUGCUCUUGGAUGUUUUAUACAUGGAGUUGUGGUGCAUCACAGUUUGGAUUUGUAAGUAAGACUACUUCCUACCUUACCUUCUAUGUGUUCUUUUAAUUACCAGGACGCAGAAAUUGCAUAUAAUUACAGAAUAUCACCCUCAGCUUGGAUGAGUAAUAUAUAUGUAUUUUGCUGCCUGUGUGCAGAGAGGAGUUUUGUUUAGAUUCAUGUGAUUUAUUCUCAAUUAGGGUUGGUCAAUACUCAUAAAACCCUACAUCACAGUGUAUGUAAUUUUAUUUUGCAAUAUCAGUUUCAUAGCCCGGCUUAUUGAUUUGCAUCAGUACUUAUAAUGGCCUAAUGUACUGAGCUGCUGUGAUUCAGACUGCCUGCAAUCUGUCUUUGGUGGUCAGGUUUAUUAUGUCAGAGUGUGUAGAAUAAUAUCACACAGCUUGAGCUCUUUAGAGCAAUGCAUCUGUGUGUAUUUCUGCAGAUUAUUACAGCUCCAUUUGACGCAUUUCUAUAUUGAAGUAUUUGCCCAAAACUGAAGUAAAAGAAGGUUCUUGCUUACUGCCAUGAAUUACAAGUCAUUGACACAGGCAGUUGUGCUCCCUGCAGUGUCCCUGUCAUCACUGCUUAUUUGGACCGUGGUCUUGAAUUGUAAGAGUGAUAUGACAAGUGAUGAUUGCCAGGCGAUUAAACCUCAUAACCCUCAGUGGUUGGCACUUGGCACCACAAUUACUAGCCAAUGACGGUAAUGCCAAUGUGUCAUAAUAGUGUACGACCUGGAUGUAAACCUGCACAGACAUCCUUCAACCUCAGCGCAGUUUAGCAGUUUCUAGAAAAAAAGUGAUAAAUAUGUAUUGAGGCUGUGUCUGGUUUCAGUGUUAUGUAACAAGUUGACCAGAACAAUGAGAAGCAUGUAGGCUGGUGGUGCUAUCCGUGCUAACUGUAGCUGCAUUUUAAACAACUAGGAUAUUUAGUUGUGUAGUUACAAUAUAUCUCAAAAGAAAUACUCAAACUUUGUUAGUGUUAGCUGUCAUCUCUGUCAUUUUCACUGGGUGCAUUUAUACAGACUGGAGGAACCCCAGAUUUUAUAACUUUUGUGUUUGUGCUCCUAUAUAUCACAUCAUAUUAUAGAAACCACAGUAACCAUUUCAGAAAAACCCAUUUUGUAACCUGGAGAGCUCAGUAAGAAAGCAGGACCCGUUUCUGACAGCAGCAGACCACUUGAGUAGGCACAGCCUCAGCCAAGUGACGCAUCAGCAAAUAAACAUAGUGGCAAAAAGAGCGUCUGACUUGAGUGAUAAAAACUUGGUCUUGACUUGGUCUUUCACCAAUGAAAGAAUAAGUGAGAGUUUAGAUCGGAGAAUGCUGACCUGCUCAGGUCUCACAAUUUGCUGUCGCUCUCCUCUGCUGGAAGUUGAAAUGAGGUGGAUGUGCCGCUUCUGCAACUUGAUGUUGGCGUUUAAAAGUGCAAAGCCUGUGACUGGCUACAGUGGUCUCAUUUUUCUCAGAUUUCACAUUGCUUCAGUUUGUGUUGUAAAGCAUAAACAUAGCAGACAUCUGCACAGAUAAGAAACUGGGAUACAAAUAUUUAUCAUGUAUGCAGGAAUAUGAAAACCCAUACUGCUGCAUGUGAAAAUAAAAACCUUAUCCUGAAAAUGAUCAAAACCAGAACAAGGCCGAGAACCAGGAUGUGCUUUUUCCUGCGAACACACUCACCUCUCUGAUUUUCUGCUGCAGUGGUGACUCUGCCUCAGAAACCAACAGGACUGUACCCCAGACACCAACCAAAUAUCACUCUCAUGUCUGCUUGUUGCCAUUUUGCCUGUUGAGUUAAAUGCAGAAAUGUCUGACUGCCUGCAUGGAAGAUUAUCAGCAGCUGCUUUUAUUCAUCCGUUUCACUGCGUGGAGCUGAUCUGAUGUAGACAGAUAAGAGUUACAUCUGAAACUGAACACAGAAUCCGCUGAUGUAGUAUUUAGUAUUGAUAUGUAUCUUUAUCACUGUAGAUAUAACACCAGUUUAAAGACAAAUAAUUUUAUCUAAUCCCAGCACUUAUCCUACUCUUUGAAUUUCUCUGUUUUUGUUGGAUUAUUAGCACCAGAAGAGGAAAAGUUGAAUCAUUGUACCCUGAUAAUUAGGACGCCCUCCAGAUAACAAUCAGCACAUGGAUUUUUCUUGAUUAAGCCGAUCUGAAAUGAUUGUUUUAUUAAUGCACUCAUUUGUUAUGUUUAUGGCUGGCCUGCACUUCCAGAGCAGCCGUCUCCUUGCCUGUAUGAUGUUUGAAUUUCUGCGUCCUAAUGACAAGCCAUUUAUCCUUCUCGUUUUUCCUGAGACCAAAUUAAACAGCCGACAAAUGAGCAUUAUUAAUACUCUAUUGAUGGCUGGUUUGUCAUCUUGCCAAAACAUUUGAAAUGCUGUUUUCAGUUUGACGGCCUCCUUUUGGAAGCAAGAUUAAUCGUGCCUGUUGAACAAUUGUUAAAUCAAUAACAUGCUAGCCCACUCAGUUAAGUCAAUCAGGCAAUUCUUUGUCACAACACGCAGGAAUCGCUAUUUCAUUACUCCUGGCAGCCUUCAAAUUAAGCGUCUGCAAUGCUCUGAUGGAUGACCUUGUUAGUUAGCAGUGUAGUAUUGAUUUGUGGUUGUGUUGUGGUUCAGGUACAGGCUGUUCAUGCAGAAGGCAGGGUGAGCUUUUCAUGUAGCUAGGCUGUAGUUUUUAAUGAUUGCCAGGGCUUUAGAUUUGAGUGUAUGACUUUAAUCAGAUGUCGUUUUUUUUUUCCCCACAGUUAAAUCAUGAUCCCCAUCACUGAGCUGCGGUACUUUGUGGAUACACAACCAGCCUACCGCAUCCUGAAACCAUGGUGGGACGUAUUCACCGACUACAUCUCCAUCGUCAUGCUAAUGAUCUCCGUGUUUGGGGGGACACUGCAGGUCACCCAGGACAAGAUGAUCUGCCUGCCCUGCAAAUGGGUCGUCAAUCAGACCUGCAAGAAGAACUUCAGUGCAACCCCCACCAAUUCAUUAUUCUUUGAACCCAAAGGGAUCCAGUACAAUCUGGAUCGCCACCAGUAUAACUAUGUGGAUGCUGUAUGUUAUGAGAAUAGAUUGCACUGGUUUGCCAAGUAUUUUCCUUACCUAGUAUUACUCCACACCCUAAUUUUCCUCGCUUGCAGCAACUUUUGGUUCAAAUUCCCACGGACUAGUUCCAAGCUAGAGCAUUUUGUAUCCAUCCUGCUGAAAUGCUUCGACUCCCCGUGGACAACAAGAGCCCUGUCUGAGACAGUGGUAGAAGAGAGUGACCCGAAGCCAAUGAAAAUGAACGGCUCAAUGGACCACAAAGAGUCUGUGAUCAGUGAGGAUGUUGAAGCGAGCGUGCCCAUGCUGCAGAGGACAAAGACACGCUUUGAGCAGGGCAUUGUGGACAGGACAGAAACGGGAGUUCUGGACAAGAAAGAGGGCGAACAGGCCAAAGCCCUGUUUGAGAAAGUGAAGAAGUUUCGUAUCCAUGUGGAAGAGGGAGACAUUGUGUACAGACUGUACAUCCGUCAGACUAUCAUCAAAGUCAUCAAGUUCAUUUUGAUCAUCUGCUACACAGGGUAUUAUGUGCAUGAUAUCAAAUUCAGCGUUGACUGUUCGGUGAAUAUAGAGAGCCUCACAGGUUACAGCGUGUAUCGCUGUGCCCACCCCUUGGCUACACUUUUUAAAAUCUUGGCCUGUUUCUACAUUAGUUUAGUGGUGGUGUAUGGUUUGAUCUGCAUGUACACUCUUUGCUGGAUGCUCCGGCGCUCUCUGAAGAAGUACUCCUUUGAGUCGAUUCGAGAGGAGAGCAGCUACAGUGACAUACCAGACGUGAAGAAUGACUUUGCGUUCAUGAUGCACAUGAUAGAUCAGUAUGACCCUCUGUACUCCAAGCGCUUUGCGGUGUUCCUCUCCGAAGUAAGCGAGAACAAACUGAGGCAACUCAACCUCAACAACGAGUGGACGCUAGACAAGCUGAGGCAGAGGAUCACCAAGAACUCUCAGGAGAAGUUGGAGCUGCACCUUUUUAUGCUGAGUGGUAUUCCAGAUACAGUGUUUGACCUGAUGGAGCUGGAGGUCCUCAAACUGGAGCUAAUUCCUGAUGUUACCAUACCCCCCAUCAUCGCCCAGCUGGUCAACCUUCGAGAGAUGUGGCUCUACCACACGCCGGCAAAAAUCGAAGCUCCUGCCUUGGCUUUUCUGCGUGAGAACUUGAGGUCUCUGCACGUCAAGUUCACAGAUAUCAAAGAAAUCCCUUUGUGGAUUUAUAGUUUGAAGAACCUCUGUGAACUUCAUCUGACAGGGAACCUCAGCGCGGAGAAUAACCGAUACAUCGUCAUCGAUGGACUCCGAGAGCUCAAGAGCCUCAAAGUUCUUCGUCUGAAAAGUAAUCUCACUAAGCUACCUCAGGUGGUGACCGAUGUGGGCAUGCACCUCCAGAAGCUCUCCAUCAACAACGAAGGCACCAAGCUGAUGGUUCUGAACAGCCUGAAGAAGAUGGUGAACCUGACAGAACUGGAGCUCAUUCGCUGUGAUCUCGAGCGCAUACCACACUCGAUCUUCAGCUUGCACAACUUGCAGGAGAUUGAUUUAAAGGACAACAAUCUGAAAACAAUCGAGGAGAUCAUCAGCUUCCAGCACCUCCACCGGCUGGUCUGCCUUAAGCUCUGGUACAACCAGAUCGCCUAUAUUCCCAUCCAGAUUGGCACGCUGACCAACCUGGAGAAGCUGUACCUGAACAGGAACAAGAUUGAGAAGAUGCCCAGCCAGUUGUUCUACUGCCGCAAGCUGCGCUUCCUGGACCUGAGCCAUAACAAUCUCAUCUACAUCCCCACAGACAUUGGCUUCCUGCAGAACCUGCAGUACCUGGCAGUGACAGCCAACAGGGUAAGACCUUCACUUUUUUACCCUUGUCUACCUCGGUCAGUCCUUUAUGGUUAUAACAGUCCUGUAUUCUUCAUCUGCUUUUAUUUCAUUUUGGCUUCCUUGUUUUUGAUUUCAGUUUAGCCAUGAGCCGUUUUUAAGGCUGGAGUUUUACUUUUUUUUUUUUUUUUUGAAAAUGUUUGGUUUUAUUUUUUCUUGGUUUUAGUGCAAGUUUAAGUUUUCUGUAAUAUGGGAUACAAAAACAUCCUAAAGGGAUAUUCCCGCGUAAAAUUAAUUUAGGGUCAAACACACUGUAACACCAAGUUAGACACCCCCUUAAGAGAUGAAUGUUGCCGACCGCUUGCUUCUCUAUUUAUACCAACUUUAGUAACGACCGCAGGAUAGCAAUACACAGCGGUCUGAGGAGCCAUAAACAAGCCUUAACCAAAACGCCACUCUAUAACCACAAAUAAUGCUCAGAACAGCGCCUAACUUGAUCAACAGUACAUAUAGGGUCCUAGCCAUAGCACUAGUUAGCCACUAUACAUCUUUUUAGCUUUGCCUGAUUUCUUUAGCAAAGAGACUUAACACAACUCACCCACUCUCUUCCAGCAGCCGCUUGUUUGUAGUGAGACCUCAGGCCAGUCCAUUACGGACUGCUGCAGGGUGACGCAGCUCAAGGAAGAACAUUAAUGAUGCCUUAGCGUCUCAGUCUGAUUGCAUUUCCAUGAAGAAAAAGAGUGCUUGAGUGGUUUUGGUUGAGGUUUGUUUAUGGCUCCUCAGACCGCUGUGUAUUGCUAUACUGCGGUCAUUACUAAAGUUGGUAUAACUAGAGAAGCAACCGGUCGGCAACAUUCAUCUCUGGAGGGGGUGUCUAACUCAAUGUUAUGGUGUGUUUGACACUAAAUUUUACGCCGGAAUAUCCCUUUACAACAUCAUCUUUGUUGGCUAUUAACCAUAUGACCGAUGUUACAACACAGAUGCAAUAAUAAAUGUUAUUUAUUGGUGUUGGUCACCCCAGUCCAAGAGGUCUGGACUCACACCCCUGCUUGUUCAUGUACUUCACCUUGAGUCCAUGAUUUGGGACUCAGCUGAUGGAUCUGAGGGGACUACAGUCAAAGACAGGUUUAUGUUCAGGCUCAGGUUACAUUAUUUGUUUUGCAGCCAGCCAAUGACAUCCAGUUUGAAAUUCAACUACAGAACAAACGUAACAAACUACAAACUACAGAAUAAAAAACUACUAAAAUAUAAUCAAAAAGUACUUCCGGCUCCUUCAAUCACAGCGUAAUUGGGAUAGAAUAAAAUCACUAAAUGACAUACUGUAGCAAAGAAAUAGAGAACCUCUCGACACUUUGUUGAGGGUGUAAGUCCAUGUAGAGCGCCACUCUCUCUCAAAUUAAGCCAAUGUGGAUUGCCCAUUUGCUUUCUUUCAUCUUCCUCUUCACUGUUUGGUUCAUUCAUCCACAAGUUAUUUUUGGGCUGUUUUACUUUUAUUUGGAGAGGAAAGGCAGUGGACAGAGAAGGAAACUGGAAGAGAGCGAGGAGUGACAUAAGGGAGUGGGGCCAUGUUGGCUGGAAGUAAACCUGUAGGGGCAUCACCUCUGUACAGAGGAUGCAAGCAUAGACUGCCGGGCCAGCAGCCCCCCACAGUUUUUGGGUGUUUUGUAAAGCUUUGUUUUUGUUUUUAUUUCAGUCAAUGAAAAAGUUUUUGACAUUUUAGUUUUUUUCAUAUUCAUUGACAAGAAUAACCAUGUUUACAACAGCUGGUCUGCAGUUAGAUUAUUGAUUUCUGUCUCUUUGUCCCAUCCCAACGCCCUCCCCACCCUGAAAUAUAGAUCGAGACCCUACCCAACGAGCUGUUCCAGUGUAAGAAGCUCCGCACUUUGAACUUGGGCAACAACUGCCUGCAGUCUCUGCCGUCACGGUUUGGAGAGCUGACCGCGCUGACACAGCUGGAACUAAGAGGAAACCGUCUGGAGUGUCUGCCCGUGGAGCUGGGCGAGUGCAGACAGCUAAAGAGAGCCGGUCUUGUGGUGGAGGAGGACCUUUUCAACACCCUGCCCACAGAGGUCAAGGAACAGUUGUGGAAAGUUGAGAAAGAGCAGGCUUGACCCGGUCUGUGGCUGUGAGUGAGAACAGAUACUGACAGGCUGGGCCCUGACACUGGAGGAACGCCUGAACUGUCCUAGAGGGAUGGUUGAAUCAGGCGGUGGACCUGCUGUAGUGUACUGGCAGUAAGGUUGGGUAUCCAGAACUAGGGACAGAUUAGCAAAACCAAAAUACUGACAGCCUCUUCAUUUUUUUUUCUGUGCAGUCCAGCCUACUCAAUACAAGUGAGCGACGCUUCUUAGCAAUAAUGCAGCGACGAUGUGAUCCAGGGCAUGUUUACAUGUUACGCCUUUUCACGGUGAAGUUUAAAUAUGCAAAACUUCUUGCAAACUUUCUUUUGCACAGAAAAACCCUUGAAGAAAGCGACCCCUCAGUCUGCUGUUGUUCUCCGACAGAUGAGCUCUCCCUGCCUUAUUCUCAUUUACUCCUCUUAUGUGGAGUUUUGACCCAAAUCCUUACUCCACAUGAAGGAUUAAGAUUCCUGAAAAUCCUGACGAUCAAAGUCUGGCUCUCCAUUUGUUACAUAAUUAUGCAAAUAUGUGCUCAUUUCUUUAACUACAUUUAAAUGCAGUGUGUUACAUUUGUUUUUAUGGGAUGAGGAUACCAUCCACAAGCAAGCUACACAUGUACUUCAGUAAUCCUCUUAAGUAUGAUCAGACUAGAGGUGGUCUUGAAGCUUCAGCUGUGGUCCAGGUCUCACCUUAUAAAGAUCAUUAACUCUGGCUGUCAUUGGGCCUCAUUCAUUAACCGUCUUUGAAAAGAAAUGUGUUCUUUUUGAAAUUUUAAGAUGACCGGCAUUAAUCAACGUUACUACAAAACAAUCUGAAAAUACUCAAGAGCACCCUUGACUAAGUCUGUGUGCUAAUAUGUCCGUGCAGUAUUAUUGAAUACUGUGUUAACCUUCAUUUAGCACCUUCUAAAAUAUGUGUUUUAAUUUUUUUCAACCUUUUUAAUCAUGCAUUGUUUGCUCUAAAAAUAAGUCUAAACUUAACACUUUGGUAUAAAUGUAAGAAAAUCUUGGCAGGUAUAAGCAUAAGAAAUUUGAUUUUGAACUAAUAUAAGUACAAGAGUAUAUUACUUAUAUUUUACUUCAUCUCUUCCUGACGACAAAGCAGUGGUUCUGAUGCUUGCCCCUCUGAAUGAGUGAUACAAAAUAGGUCAACCAGGACUUGACCCGAUUAUAAUGAGCUGAAAGGGAGCGUGUCACCACUUAGAAACUUUCUGAAGAACAAAUUAAAGAAAAAUCAGACGACGUUGGUAAAUGAGGUCUGUGGGCUUUCUGCUGUUGAGGCUUGACAACCUUCAAAUGAAUUAGUCUUAUGGUCUUCAUAUCUACGAUCAUUCAGUAGACUGUCAAAAGAGUAAACACUAAGAUGCUGAUCUGUCUUUGGGUGUCCACUGUCUUUGGAAUCAGGCUAGACAGUUUGGUCCUUACAUGGAGCGAGUUUGGCAAAGUGACGGGCUCGUUGGCCUCUUUCUGGGAGGAAUGUUCUUCGGGUGUUUGACUUGAGGAGAAGCGAUUACUCCACAACAUGCUUCCCAGUGGAAAAGCAUAACAAAACAUCACCUUAAUACAAAUACAGAAGUGGAACAUGUCAUCAGCACCAAGAUACCCGACACUUACUGCCAGUACACUGCUGCUCAGGAGGACUGAGUCCAACCUUUUUUUUAUGGCCAUGCUGCAUCCACAUGGUUUGUUUGUACUAAAUUGCACAAAACACAAUGAACAAAUGUGGAAAUAAUGCUGACAGGUUUUGAAAUCUAUUGAUUAUGUCUGCGUCAGAUGAAUGAACAACUUUACACAGAAGAUAAUGACAUUGUUUAACUCAUUAUUUUAGCGCCUCAAUGUGUAUGUAAGAGGUUUAAAACUUACACAACACUCACCUGAAACUCUAGAUAGGUUUAACUUGCUGUGGAGAAAAAUAAGUAAGCACUGGUUGGCUUGUUUGCCCUGAUCUUUGAGUUUUAAUGUGUCUUUUAUUUUAAAUCCAUUUUUAACCUCCGAACAAAGUAACUUUCGGUUAAGAUUAGUGUGACAAAUCUACCUUGAUAGAAUGUGGGAUUAUUACAGACACUUUUAUUUAAAGAUAUUGAAAUUGCUAAAUAAGAUUCUUAAAGCUCCUGUGAGAGAUUUUAUGCUUGUGUCAACUUUUGCACCCCCCUGUGGACAGAGCAGUCUUUGCUUAUCUUGUCCUCUACAUGUUUAAGUCACAUCUUUUGACAAAGAAUCUCAUUCUGCUGACUUUUGACUGACAAAUCUUUCAUCGUGAACUUCAGUCCAUUUCAUCAACGUCAAAAAACUCCUCACAGAAGCUUUAAAAUAAGUUUAAAAUGGAUUUAGUUCUUAUAAGAUUAAGACAAUUGCAAUAAGGUCCAAAGUGGCCGUUUCUGAGACUUUAGUAUAAUAUUUAAUCUUAGCUUUUAUGAAAAAAGUAAGCAACAUUCCUCAUAUGGAAAGAAAUGUAAUUAAGUUGUCACUGGAAGAAAGAUAAACAGAGCCAUAGCUUUCAGGUCAGUUGCCUUAACUUGGAUUCACUCCUCCCAUGUUGUGUCUGUUCUUUUGUUUACUAUUAUUAUUGUGGCAUUUUGAGGGUUCACAACACAUUUGUUAUAAUUGUCUGUAAAUCUGCACUAGACUUCUACUAUUUAAUAAGAGAUUUAUUUUCUUUCUGUUGACUUUUCACAAGUGGCCAUACUUGACACCAGUAAUUUAUUAGGGAAGAUAAAGACGGAUGCAUACGGUGUCCCAGAGGUGACAAAUGAGACCUUCUUAUCUGUUAGAGCCUCACCUUAUGAUGCUGCCUGUGCUAACUUUGUUUUAUAGAGACACAUACUCUGGUGCAGUUUAAAGGGAUAUUCCAGUAUUUUUACCAGGGGUUUUGUGAAUUACAUCUUGCCCAGCAGCUUUAAUGAGAAACUGCUGGUAGAAACAGGACCCUACAUAUAUGCUGUAGACAGAACUUGAUCCAACUCUUUACUCUGCCAUCAGAAAGUCUGUUUGAUUCGUGGCAGACUUGAUCCGUCUGCUGUAAACUGUAAACUGCUUAGCUUGCAUGCAGGUUCUCUCGGCAGCAAAGGGGCUGCACUGACCCGCAUCCACUGUGGCUAAUACAACCUUUAAAAACUCUGAAAUAUCCCUUUAAACUCCCCUAACCCAUGCUGUGUUGAACUGCUGAAAACUCCCAGAGAGUGGGAAAGUCAGAAGGACUCAUUCAUAAUUAAUUCAACUAUCCAGAGGGUUUUAUUUGUCUUAGAUAUUGAAAUAAUACUUGGGAGUAUUUGUGAAAAGUUUAUAAUAUAAGAGAAAGUUUCAUUUGUUUGUGUCGGACACACUCACCUCUUAAGGAAACCAGCCCCUGACUGGGAAAUACUAUAGGAAGAAAAGCUUGAAAUAUGAGAUAAUGAGGUGGUUCAUAUACAGUAAUUUAUGUACACACUUAAGGCGAUGUAAGUGUUUGAAAACAUUUUUCUUUGUGUGAUAUUUUAUGUCAAAUUUGACCUAUUUUACAUCAUGGUAAGAAAAACAAGAUGAUUUUUGUCUUAUAUUUUCCUUUUAUUAUUUUUCACACCAGGACGUCUAAUUUCUAACUCCUUUUCUCUGGUUUCAAAGCCUAAUUUGUGGGAUACUUUUUGCCCGAGAGUGACUUUUCCUGCUCUUGUUGUUUUGCCACAGUAAGCAGCACAGUGCUUACUGAAAAUCUGAUAUUUGAGAUCAAUGCACAGCUCUGAUUCAGCACAAUAACACAAUGGGGGUCCUUUUGUUUCCCCCCCUGAAAAAGAAAAACAGAUUUUGUUAUCACCAAGAUAAAAAAAACAAAACAGUAGCAAUACAAACUAAGAUAACUGCGUCUGGAAGCAUAGAAGUAGCCAAAGCCAUGUACAUCUGUUCAGUCACAUGUUAAACUAUGCUGUAAUGUGCAAUAUCGUCUUUAUUUAAACCACGUUAAAGUUCAGUUAGUCCCCUCACUUGCACGGACAAGACUAAAGUCCCACUGAGAUGAUGGAGAAGUGGUCAAAAAAGUAUGCUUUUGCACUAUAGCUCCUCUCCAACAAGACACAGUUAGGUAAAUUUAAAUAAUUAGACUCAACUUUAUGUAUCAAAGCACCUGUAAGGGUAUUUCCAAAACUGUAUCCAAUUUGGCACCCCCUGUAGACAAAAUAGUACCUCUAGUUCUGUAGCUGAUUUUACCCUUUUGAUUUAAAAGCAAAAAUGUUUCUUUUAAAGUUUAUCUCUCCUCCUGACUCCCAACCCCCAGCAGCAGUUUCACUCUAUAAAAAAUCAACAAAGAGAUAACCUGUCAUAAUGUUAAUUGUUUUAUUUGCUUUAAAUGGUUCAUAAAAAGUCACGAAUCACUGGCUCAGACCAUUUCAUAAUCAGUCAAAAAGUCCUUUAAAAAAGUAUUUGUUUUGAAACAAUGGAAAGUUAUACGAAAUGACUGCCAGCCUUGAGAUUGAAAAUAAGUGUCGUCUGAUAUUGGUGUUUUGGGCUGAAACCAGGACGUAAGAUCAAUAUUAUUGAACUUUAUAAGUAAAGCACCUGCGGGGAACUAUCUAUUUGGCGCCCCUUGUGGACGAAGCAGCCUCUGCUACUCUCAUCCUCUGACUGAAAAACUCAUCCUGCUGACUGUUGACUGUCAAAUCAAUCAUUUAUCAUUUAUCGUCAAUAUUUGAUACAGAAACUGCUGCUCGGCUGACACCAACUCCCUCGCCCUGAUUCUAGGCAUUAAGAUAAAAAUUGUUAAUCUUGUAGCUGAUGUUCUUGUUUGCUUUUAAAUAUCACAAAGGGGCAUUAGUAUGAAUUUCAGUCUAUUCAUGCAAUAAUAAAAAAAACUCCUCACAGGAACUUCAAUUGUUCAUAUCAGCUGUAAGAAACACUGAUAAUCGGUCAAGCCCUCAUUAAUUAAAAUGUGUUUUAUUUGAAGACUUAAGAUAGAAAAGCUGUUUCACUUUUAUUUACUCAACUGCUAAUGUUAAAUGACAUCCUGAAAACCUCAGCAAUACAGCGCCAGUGAAGACAAUCAACUAGAGAGUGAGAGAAAACUUGUGUCAAAUGUAAAGCAUUGCAGUGUGCGCUGCACUUCAACGGUCAGUACAUCACUUUGUGUUGUAUAGGUUUCUAGAAAAGUAGAAAGAAGUAGAUGAUUAGCUCUAAUUCCCAGUUAUCCUUAAUCCUUGUGUUUCCUGCAUUUUCCCUCGUUUUUGUUUUCAUUUGACAGCUAUUACUAUGAUUAAAAUAUAACAAAAUUUCUCAGGACAACCAGCUAGCACUCACUCCUUUAAUGAGUUUAUUGCCUAUUUUUAUUACAUCUGGUAUUUUUAUUAAUUUAAACCGUUUUAUACAGUUACAGUUUUAUAUGCAUUUCUAUACAUUCUUUUCUAGUUUGGUGUAUUUAAUAUUGGCUGCUGGUUUCAAACUCAAAUGUGUUUGUGCUCGAAAGAAACCACUGGGUUUUACUUUGAUUCAGCAUUUCUGUCAGUGACCAUAUGUGAGUUACACUGUAUUAUUAUUCUGAAUAUUUUGUCUUCAUUGUGAUUAGAACAGAAAAGAGUGUGAGUGUUUUAUCUAUGUGUGUGUGUGUGGGUCUGUGUGUUGACUUUGAGACGUUUUCACCCUGGUGUUUUAAGUCAUUAUCUUUGGGUACAUUUUCUUUGUUUCCUGGUGAUAUUCAGUGUCCAACUCAAACCCAAUCAUGUACUAAUUUGACCUCAUAAAUUAUUUAGUUCCAAUAUUUUUCCUAUUAAUAAGGAACUCGUCUGUAUUAAAAUGAACCAUGUGACAGUAUUAUGUUUGAACAUGUGUCCCAGCCUCUCCUGCACACUGUCCUCUAGAGAUAACACAGAAUAAACUCGGUUGACCAAA